AUGUUCUAUGCAACAGCAUUCUUGCCCACGGCGGCACUGAUCUCUUUGGUGAGAGCUCACGGCGUUGUAAUAAAUGCUCAAGGAAUUGCUGGUUCACCUGCUAGUGUUGGCUUUCAAGUUGAUCCUUCCAUUGCCCGGAACUGCACAACCAUAAACCCUUGCCAACAAGAUGCUACUAUCAUCCGUGAUGCAGAGAUCACAGCCAAUAUCGUCAACCAGUGUGGCCGGACGGAACUCAGCGGAAAUAUAGACGUGGGAGAGAAUACAGAAAACGCCUUGGCGGCUGGCGCUGUCACUCAAGUUCAGGCAGGAAGCCAGCUUACUGUGACCAUCCACCAGGUCAAUGCUGACGGAGCCGGUCCGUAUGUCUGUGACUUGGACGAGACCAGCAACUCGGGAACGAUUAGCCAGAACCUGACCGUGACGAAUAAUGUGCCCGGGGUCAAUGGAUUCUCUCAAGCCAAAGCACAGGACUUCAAUAUCACUGUCCAGAUGCCCGACAGCUUCACCUGCACCGGAGCCUCAACUGGCAAUGUGUGCACUGUUCGUUGCCGAAACAACGCCGUUGCUGGGCCUUUCGGUGGCUGUUUCGCCGUCCAGCAAAUAGACACCACACCGAAGGUCAAUACUCCCGAGAACAUCGCCACCCUACAGACCCUUGAUGCUGUUCUCGCUCAGGUCCAGCAGAACCAAGCUGAUUUCGGAGCAGCCGUAGCCGCAAACCAAGCCGCGGGCUCCGCAGAGGCCGAGCAGAACGCCAAGGCUGUCGCAUCCAUCCUCGCCAACACUAUUGUGAGCAAGGAAGCGCCCCAGCAGACGCCGACGGUCGUUCUAGGGGCGGCAGCCACUGAAACGACCGCCGCUGCUGCCGUCACUACCACCGCUGCAACGACUGGAAAUGGACGAAAUGGAAACGGCAGGAACCGAGGCGGCAACCGAAAUCAAAAUAACAACAACAAGCGCAGCUCUAGCAACGCUCUGCGGUGGGCAAGACGGUAUGUUGUGGCUGGACAGGACUUCAGUGACGACAACCACUGA